GGAGGGAGGCUUUGAAGAGAGUGAGAUUAGGCACUCCACCAGGACUCCAUCCAUCUGCAGAUCCCUACAUACAUCCGAGCCUUUUCCUUUCAGAAUCGAGGAAUACGACUUCAAAGACGGAAAUGAACCAGCAAAGACAAUCCUCUGAGAAGUUGGUGCUGGACUUUAAGGAAGACACGGCUCUGACCGAGAUGAUGCGUCUCCGCGUCUCGUCUCUUCAAAAAACAGGGCAGAAGCGUCAGGACGGUGAGCGUCUGCUCCUCCCUUAUGAAGCGGUGUAUCGUCUGGACUUCCCUGUCCAAGAGCUGAACUUCUCCCGCUGGUACUUCUCCCUCUCAGGCCACGGCCGGGUCACCAUCACCGGCAUUUCCCAGCACUGGACCCCCGAUCUCACUAACCUGAUGACCCGUCAGCUUCUGGAACCGAUCGGGACAUUUUGGCGAAAUGCUGAGGACCCUGAGGAGUCGCCACUCAAGUGGCUGGAGGCAGACAUGCAGGAGUUCGGGGAAAGGAUUGCGGAGUUAGCUAAAGUGAGGAAGGUCAUGUAUUUCCUGUUUGCUUUCAAGGAUGGGUCCACAGCAGCAAACCUCAGCUGCACCAUCGAGUUCACACCUGAGAAAGGACCUUAACCUUCAAUUGGUUCAGUCUUCUUAGAGAAUCUGCUUUCAUUUCAGUGUGAAUAGUCUCCUUCCACCCCAUUAAACAUUAGUUAUACACCAGCAUGUUUUUCUUCCUUGUGCACAUUCCCUUAAUCACUGCUACUGCCAAAUUUAACUUAUUUUAUAAAGCAGAAGAUAAAAUAAAGUACACACAUUUGACUUAAGAAAACGGAAAAUAAUAAAAUAAAAGGCAAGUCAUGGAAGAAACAACAUGUGGAUUUUUGCAGCUACUUCUGGAACACCGGAUAAAAAACUAAACAAUUAAACCAGAUUAAUAAAACCAAGGAAAUUGUCAUUGGUAACCAGCUAUUUUUAUUUAGUGUCAAAUUGUUGAACUAAUGUUUAGUUUUUAUCCUUUAUUUUUAUUGUGAUUUUAAAAGAAAUGCAUUUGUUAGUAAGUAAACAGGAGUGGAUGAAAUCCCAAAUAUCCACAAUGCAUAACUACUGACCUGAUGGAUAACAGAGAUCAAUGGGGGGGUAAAUUAAACAGCCUCUGAAAGCUUCACUGGGAAGGAUGAGGGAGAGGGACAGAAACAAAGGCUGACAUAGCAAAAACAAAAUGCUUUUUUCCACUCCACACUUCAUAAGACAUCGACUCAAUCUGACCAGUUUAUUAGAAAAUAAAGCAACACAGACUUUUUUUUUUUUGCUUGUUGUUUCUCUUUCUUUCUAAGAGCUGCGACACAAAGCAGAGGAAUAAAGCAGGAUUUACAGUAAAACUGAUCCUUUAUCUUUUCACAUUCUGAUCUGACAACAAUAAUAUCAAACAAAAGUUAAAAAUGAUUCAAACUGCCUCAAAUGUCUUCUACCUUAAAAUGUACUUUCAAUCCUUUGGCUUUCAGGGAUCUUUUCUUUGCACUUUUAAUGUAAUUGAAUGGAACAACACAUGGGCACUUCUAGCCUUAACCCAAAACAAAAAAACUGUUCUCCCUACCGAGGGAAAUGUGUAUAUUAUGUUAUGCCUUAGAAUAUGAAGAAAAAAGCAGUAUGUUCCAUUAGAUGCAAAGUUUCUCAUGUUGACAAAAUAUUUUCUUCCAUGUAUAACACUGAUCCCUUUGCUGUAUUGUGACGUGCCAAUAAAGUGUUCAUAUAGUUUCUA